AUGACAAACCAAAUCGUAAGUAGUAAAUUUUAUUUUUGAGAAAUCAAAAAAAAAACUUUUCAGGGACAACCAUUACAGUACAGCGGGUUUCCUUCUCCUCCGGAGAAUCUUUACCCGUCUUCCCACUAUGGUUUCAUGCUUCCGCCACAGCAAAAUAAUGUAAGAGAAUCAUUUUUUGAGGCAUCCUUUUUAUAGAAUUGUUUUCAAUUAUUUGGGUUUUUUAUUUUAACAAGGAGGGAAUGAAAAUCAUCUAUUUUCGCUUAGAAAAAAGCUUUUAAAAGCUGCAGAUGCCCACCGAAAUGCUUUCUUCUGCUCCUGUGGCUCCACAGACUGUGCAGCCCAACAAUUCUCCCGUUGCCAUGCCGCAACCCGAACAGCCAGCUGUUCAGACGUCUUAUGCUCCAGUUCCGACGAUUCCGCCGGCACCCAUGACCGUCGAUGACCAGGAUCACAUUUUGCUCUCAAGGAGCCUCGCAGCAAACGCCGCAGAUCCGUAUCGCAAAGGAACUGGAUCCUAUAUGGUUUAUUUUUAUCUAAAACUUUUUUUUCUUCACUUUUUUUGAUAGUUGGUCAGAUUUCUCUCUAGUUCACCAAAAGAAAAACUUAAAAAUCUCAACUUGCACAAAUUCUCCAUUUCACUGCCAUGAAAUUGAAAGAAGUCGAUCAUGUUCUUUAAAAAUAUGAGUUAUGCAGAUUGAUAAAUUUUUGUGGUUCAAAGAUCCCUUAAAAAAAUUUGUUUGAAAAAAAUUACUUUUUAAAUCUCAAAAAAACACCUAUUCCAAUUUCUUGAAGAGCUAACUACCAAAGUUAUAAUUUUUUUGAGAUGAUUAGUUAAAGUCUUUUUUUCAACUCGACUUGAAACAUCUUUUUAUAUUAAGAUUUUUUUAAUGUCAAUUCAUCGCUCAAACUCCGCCCCUUAUUGUUAGAUCAAACCAAUCAGAGAGUGAACCAUCCACAGAGCAUUGUUGGGGGCGGAGUUUGAUUCUUGACAUUCAAAAUCUGAACAGACUAGAAUGACAGCUUUACUUUCAUGGAAUAGUCAAGGGAAUUCAUUUUACUUUUUGCGAAAGUUCAUUCAAGUCAUUCCAAAUGCGUUCAAAAAUUUUCAGAACGGACACGAUGCCAUGGUACCAUGUGCUUCUUACGACGGACGAUCCGUGACCAUCGAUCACCUGAAGAUUUCCCCAGAAAGCCUCAUUCAAAUCGCCAAACUUGCCCAAGCGUUCGGCGCAAGUCCCGACUGGCGAGAGAUGAAACUGGCGGAAAUGCAAAAAGUGCUCUCUCGAACUGAUUCUCAGAAUCCUUCAGUCGCUCAUCAGUAUUCUCGAUCCGUUGGGCUUUGA